UGGGGGGGAGUGGGGGGCGGGUCACGUGACGUUCCUGCGGCCAUAUAUAAGCGGGGGCGACGUCACUGCCCCCGCGACAUCUUUGUCAGGGAACAAAAUGGCGAGUCACAUGGUGAAGGCGGCGGGCGUCGCGGCGUCGCGAUGCGGCCGCGGGUUCCACUCCAGGGCUGCGCUCUGCGCCUCCGGGGUCCCCAUGAGCCGCUUCGAGCCGCAGCAACACAUCGACUACACGCCGCUGCGCAACAACAUCGACGUGGUGCGCGACAGGCUAAAGCAGCCGCUGACGCUGUCGGAGAAGGUGGUGUACGGCCACCUAGAGGACGCGCGCUCGCAGGAGCUGGAGCGUGGCCGCUCCUACCUGCGGCUGCGCCCCGACCGCGUGGCGAUGCAGGACGCCACGGCGCAGAUGGCCAUGCUGCAGUUCAUCAGCAGCGGGCUGGCGCGCGUCGCCGUGCCCUCCACCAUCCACUGCGACCACCUCAUCGAGGCGCAGCUUGGCGGGAACGAGGACCUGCAGAGAGCCAAGGACAUCAACAAGGAGGUUUACAACUUCCUGGCCACAGCUGCCAAGAAAUAUGGAGUCGGAUUCUGGAAACCCGGCUCCGGAAUCAUCCACCAGAUCAUCCUGGAGAACUACGCGUACCCGGGCGUGCUACUCAUCGGCACGGACUCGCACACGCCCAACGGCGGCGGCCUGGGCGGCGUCUGCAUCGGCGUGGGCGGCGCCGAUGCCGUGGACGUCAUGGCCAACAUCCCCUGGGAGCUCAAGUGCCCCAAGGUGAUUGGGGUAAAGCUGACCGGCGAGCUGUCCGGCUGGUCGUCGCCCAAGGACGUGAUCCUGAAGGUGGCCGGGAUCCUCACGGUGAAGGGCGGCACGGGCGCCAUUGUGGAGUACCACGGGCCCGGCGUCGACUCCAUCUCCUGCACCGGCAUGGCCACCAUCUGCAACAUGGGAGCGGAGAUUGGAGCCACCACCUCCAUCUUCCCAUACAACCACCGCAUGCGGGACUACCUUGUGAAGACGGGGCGCGAGGGGAUCGCCGAGUUGGCGGAGAAGAACAAGGAGUACCUGGUGCCUGACGCGGACUGCCACUACGACCAGCUCGUCGAGAUCAACCUCAACGAGCUGAAGCCCAUGAUUAACGGGCCGUUCACACCGGACCUGGCUCACGACGUGGCGGACGUCGGCGCCACCGCGGAGCGUAACGGCUGGCCCACCGACAUCAAAGUGGGUCUCAUUGGCAGCUGCACCAACAGCAGCUACGAGGACAUGGGCCGCGCGGCGUCGGUGGCGCGCCAGGCCCUGAGCCACGGCCUCAAGGCGCGUGCCGCCUUCACCGUCACGCCGGGCUCGGAGCAAAUCCGGGCCACGAUCGAGCGCGACGGCUACGCCCAGGUUCUGCGUGACAUCGGGGGCGUGGUGCUCGCCAACGCCUGCGGCCCGUGCAUCGGACAGUGGGACAGGAAGGACGUGAAGAAGGGAGAGAAGAACACCAUCGUGACCUCGUAUAACCGCAACUUCACGGGACGCAACGACGCCAACCCAGCCACGCACGCCUUCGUCACCUCCCCCGAGAUUGUGACGGCGCUGACCAUCGCGGGCUCGCUCAAGUUCAACCCCGAGACGGACUUCCUGACCGCGGCCGACGGCAAGAAGUUCAAGCUGACCCCACCCACCGGGGACGAGCUCCCUGCCAAGGGCUUCGACCCCGGCAUGGACACGUACCAGGAGCCCCCCCCGGACGGCCAGACAGUGCGCGUGGACGUCUCCCCCGAGAGCCAGCGGCUGCAGCUGCUGGAGCCGUUCAACAAGUGGGACGGCAAGGACCUCGCCGACAUGCUGGUGCUCAUCAAGGUGAAGGGAAAGUGCACCACCGACCACAUCUCAGCGGCCGGGCCGUGGCUCAAGUACCGGGGCCACCUGGACAACAUCUCCAACAACCUUCUCAUCGGCGCCGUCAACACGGAGAACGGAAAAGUCAACCUUGUCACCAACCAGCUGACGGGAUCCACCGGUGCCGUGCCCGACACGGCACGCGAAUACAAGAAGAGCGGUGUGAAGUGGGUCGUGGUCGGCGAUGAGAACUACGGCGAGGGCUCGAGCCGCGAGCACGCCGCACUGGAGCCACGCCACCUCGGGGGGAGCGCCAUCAUCGUCAAGUCCUUCGCUCGCAUCCACGAGACGAACCUGAAGAAGCAGGGCGUCCUGCCACUCACGUUCGACAAUCCGGCCGACUACGACAAGAUCCGCCCCGACGACCGCAUCUCCAUCAUCGGCCUCACUUCCUUCGCUCCCGGCAAGCCGCUGUCGUGCUUGGUGAAGCACAAGGACGGCUCCACGGACAAGUUCCAGCUCAACCACACGUUCAACGAGGGCCAGAUCAGCUGGUUCCGCGCCGGCAGCGCCCUCAACCGCAUGAAGGAGCUGCAGUAGAAACCCCCGCCAACCACCGUCGCCCCCCCCCUCCACCGUCUCCGUCCCAGCCCCCUCCCCCCCUCUGUUUGUGCAUCCUGUGGCUGCACUAUCGCCGUGUAUGCGAUGGCGCGGUCUGCCUUGACAAUUGCCUCUGUGGGCUGUGGGGUGCGCCACUGUCAAUUGUGGAGGGGGUGGGAGGCGAUUUGGGCCCCCGGCUAUACGCACGCACGCACACAUACAACAGCCGCAAAGCGCUUGUGCCAGGCUCGGUGCACUUUGAGGCCGGGUGGAAUGUCGAAGGCUCUCUGGCAGGAGGUAACGAGACAGACCCCCCCCCCCCGCCAGGUGUUACGGGUUAACCGAGAUCGCUGGCAUGUGCAACACAUGUACACACACACGCACGUUCUUGUGAAUGGCAGGGAGUUAAUCGGCGACGUUUGUUCAUGUGGAGACUGGCGAGUGCUUCAGGAGGAACUUCAUGGUGAAUAUCCGAGACGCUGCCGGUCAAUGGUAGUAGUGGGCAGUGGUGUCAGUGCGUGCGCAAGCUCGUGUGUGUGGGCCACGCGUGGGCCACACGUGGGCUGUGUAUGGGCCACGCGUGGGCCACGGUUUUAGAGACGGUGACCGCAGCGUCACCGUGGGAUGUUCUUAAUUGUCUGCCUUCGGUGGAGGUGGCCGUCCGGAUCUGCCGUGCAAUGUCCUCGAGCGAUUCGCGAGCGCUCGUCCGCACAAGCGUACACACGCCCCCGCACGCACACGAUAGCACCCAGGGACUCCCAUUUGCCACAAAGUGGCAGUGAUGUCACCACGGCGCUUGUGUCGGGAUGGAUGCACUUUUGAUGUCGCGCGCGUGUCUAUCUGGACACAAAGAUCCCCUGUUGAGCAUUUAACAAACUGUUGGGGGGGGGGGGGGUAAGCGCUGUAAGGGAAGCACCUUUUAAGGCCAGCACGUCACACGGAGGCGGUGGUGUGGCCAACACCACUCCCCCCAGGCACGGCUGAGUAGACUAAGGAGCAGCACAGAACCGGUUCAAAUAUUUGCCACGGUUAUUGGUCCCUAAUGGGAUUCGUAGCGCAGUGCGUGCUAAUCAUUGCACCACCACUCCCGACAGACACACCCACCUACCUGCACACGCACAAAACAAAUGUACACCUGUGUAUGUACCUCCCCCCCCCAUCUCCAUGUAAACACAGAAGUAUAGCCGCACACACGCACAAGUCUAGCCGCGUACACACACACACGCUCGCGUGUAGGUGCUGUGCACUGCUGUGUGUGGAGGGGUGCUCCAUGUCAACUGCUUCAUGGACUGCGUGUCCCUGUCGUGGCGCCGUGCGAGGAAUGAUCGCGGAUUGGUGCCGGACUUGUAACCCCGGACCGGCCGCCCACACUCCAGUAAUUAUAAUUAAAAUAAAAAGAGGGUUUAUGUUCGUGA